AUGGUUUGUCAAUUGGAAAGAAAAAUCAAUUCUACAGCAGCGUCAUAUAAAGAACAGCGUAAAGUAAGUUCUCAGUCAAUUUUAACGGGAGUAAAACGGCAAUACUUUCUUACGAUGUGUAGAAGAACAGCAAAAGUAAUAUUAUUAUUUCUAUUUAUCACCGUACUGACUGGUGUAUCAAGAUCAUAUCCAGCGAUGGACAAUAGUGCGUAUGAUGUCAUAUCCGGAGAUGCAGAGUUAUACGGACUUGAUAAAAGAUACAAGUGGAAAUGCAAUGGUUGGUUUAAAUGGCGAUGUGGAAAUUCUAAAAUGGUUCACAGGGAAAUUCGAAACAUAGACUCAGAAUAAUGUUUUUUGUUAUUAUCAGCCUUAUAACUUUAUGAUGGCAUCGCUUUAUACAAUUUACAUUCGAAUGUCAAUUGAUCCCUCAAUGAAUCCUGCUACGUUUUAUUAAUGAAGUUUAUAGUAUAUCGUUGUUAUAUCUAUAUAUUGUCU